AUGUCCUCCUCUAUUCCGGCGUGUUGCAUCUGUUCAUCGGUGCUGGACACGAUAGACUCAAAGACUGAGAAGCCCACCAUCGCUGCCCGCCACCUCUCCUGCUGCGAGCGACCCGUCUGCCAACGAUGCAUUACAAAGAAUCCUCGCUACAACUCGUAUUGCCCAUAUUGUCAAAUCUCCACAGAUCCGCAAUCUACACUACCUCAGGGCCUUCGUGACCCUCCGCCAUACAAUGACACACAAGACCCUGCCCUGCCACUAUCUGAGAAGGAUCACGACGCACCGCCUGCUUACUCUUCACACGAGCCGUUGCAGCCUCCGUCAGAGAAGCCGCGCGAGAACGCCCCAGAUGUGUUACAUUUCUUGACACCUGCCGACACCGCUCUCUCAUUAUCUCUCGCAUACGGUGUACCUCUUCCUGCCCUGAGGAAGGCCAACAACGUAUUUGCAGAUCAUCUUAUUCAGGGUCGCAGAACCGUCAUCAUUCCUGGAGAGUACUACAAGGGCGUGAGUCUGAGUCCUAGACCAAUCGAGGGUGAAGAGGAGGAGUUGCGCAAAUCAAAGCUACGCCGCUUCAUGGUGACAUGCAAAGUAUCCGAAUACGAUGUCGCACAACUAUAUCUCGAGCAGCAUGAAUAUGACCUGGACUCUGCCGUCGAGGCCUAUCAAGAUGACGAGAAGUGGGAGAGAGAACACCCUUUGCAAGACAAUGGCAAAGGCAAAAUGAGUGCACGCACUGUGGGAAAGAGGCGAUAUGUCGGGUCAGCGUAA